GUAUUGAUCUUGUUGCUAUGAACGUCAAUGACCUAAUUGUACAGGGUGCCGAACCACUAUUUUUCCUUGAUUAUUAUGCAUGUGGCAAAUUAAAUGUUGAUGUUGCAAAAGAUGUAGUAGAAGGCAUUGCAACAGGAUGCUUAGAGUCCAGAUGCGCAUUGAUUGGUGGUGAAACAUCAGAGAUGCCCGGAGUUUACAGUGAAGCGGGAUUUGCAGUUGGGGCAGUAGAACGCGGAAAUAUAUUACCACGAAAAUCAGAUAUAAAUGUUAAUGACAUUCUUAUCGGUAUUGCAUCUUCGGGUAUUCAUUCUAAUGGUUUUUCGUUAGUUCGUAAAAUUGUUGAGAAGCAUAAUCUUGGAUAUGAAUCACCUUGUCCAUGGAAUACAAAAAUUACACUUGGUGAAGAUCUACUUACACCAACAAAAAUUUAUGUCAAACAAUUAUUACCAUUAGUCAAGAAAGGUCUUGUCAAAGCAAUGGCACAUAUCACGGGUGGAGGUUUUGUGGAUAAUAUACCUAGAGUCAUUCCUGAACACCUUGGAGCUGUUAUAGAUUCAUCAUCAUGGAAAAUACCCGAAGUAUUCAAAUGGCUAGCGAAAAAUGGCAAUGUACCUUCUGAUGAGUUAUUCCGAACCUUUAAUUGCGGAAUAGGAAUGGUCUUGAUCGUAUCGCCCGAAGACGAAAUUAAUGUUAUAAAUUUGCUUAAAGAAUAUGAUACCGAUGUUUACAAAAUUGGUCACGUGGCGACAAUAGAAAUGAAUAACGGGAAACAAGUCGUUAUUAAUGGAAUUACGGAAUUAUUUUAG